AUGGUGUCGAGAAGUUUGACGGAGGUGUUUGUGCUUAUGCGUAAUAAUGCAAUACAUAGUCGACAAAUUUUUUCCGAGACACAUGACUCGGAAAGAGUUCGGCUAAUGAAAUCAAACUCCCGUGACCUUGAAGGUGGGAUGGAGCUGAGAUCUGAGUCAAAUGCACCACCCCCUUGGACUGAUGCAUUGGAAGAGGCACAUUAUGUUAUUACUAGGCUACGUACGAAGCUGUCUGAACUGCAGACAAGGCACGAGAGGCAGAUUAGGCGGCCCGCCCUGGACGACAGCACCGAGCAGCAGUACAUUGGGAAACUGACGACGGAGAUCGGAAGGCAUUUCACCCACGCGCACACUCACAUAACCGCUAUUAAGUCUCAGGCGUUACACGGUAACAAAACUGAACAGAAACUGGCCAAUAACGUUGUGCUAGCGUUGUGUACGAUUCUGCAGGACCUGAGCGUGACCUUUCGAACGGCCCAGUCCAACUACCUUAAAUCGCUGACUUCGCGUGAGGAGAGGUCCAACGCUUACUUCGACCUUCCGAACUUUGAGGAGCUCAGUUUGAAUGACAGUGAUCUACUGCCCGGACUCACCAAUAACCAAACAGACCUGCUCUUCUCCCUACCCAGUACCUCGGGCCACACGUACCCAGAAGAUGAUAGGGACCUAGAUGGAAUGUUCCAGAGGCCCGCCCUAAUGCAUAAGCAAAUGAUGCUGAUGCAGGAGCAGAACACCCAAGCGGUGGCGGAGAGAGAGGAAGAGGUGAACAAAAUUGUGCGUUCCAUAGUGGACCUGAAUGAGAUAUUCAAAGACUUGGCGCAUAUGGUCCACGAGCAGGGCACAGUCUUGGACCGCAUAGACUAUAAUAUCGAACAAACCCAAGUCCAGGUGCAGGAGGGCUAUAAACAGCUGCAGAAAGCUGAACGCUACCAAAGAAAUAACAGGAAGAUGCACUGUAUACUGAUACUAGCAGUGACUGUAAUAGUUUUGGUAAUAUUGCUAAUUAUAGUGAAGAGU